AUGCCUGCUCAGGAAGACUCAGGGCUCCAGGCUAUGGGCUGCGUGCCCAGCUCAGGAGGCCAGAACGGAAUUCGAAAGUGCUUGUUUCUCACUGAAAAAUUCCAAAGAUUGCUCAACAUUCCUUUGACCCCAGGAGCUGGCUUUUGGCAGGAGGUGCUGAGAGCGGAGGAUCCGGAGCCUGCAGGCGUUGCUCAGGGCUGUCAGGGAAGAGCUCCACUGUCCUGCUCCCUGGGGGGCAGCGGGAGAGGGGCUGGGGAGGGCUGUGGAGACACCUCCUCUUGUCUGGACCCAGGGGCACUGAUGGUGGAGUGGAUUUUGUAG